UCCGGUUGCCUCUCAUUAAACAAUUUCACAAUAUUUUCAACGUGAUUGACGCAUAAUUUGUUCACAUCUUAUUGUGAGAAGAAAACACAUAAGCUGUUUAUUUUAGAUAAGUCUAAAGGUUUGAAUUAUGCCGAAAAAUAAGGGUGAGUCAGGUUGUAAAAUUAGGCGUAGGGGUAAGAAUGAAAACGAAAAGGAAAAACGAGAGUUUGUAUUCAAAGAAGAUGGACAAGAGUACGCCCAGAUCACCAAAAUGCUUGGUAAUGGAAGGUUCGAAGCAAUGUGCUUUGAUGGACAAAAGUGGCUGUGUCACAUACGGGGAAAAUUGAGGAAAAAUGUGUGGAUUACUGCUGGAGACAUAAUCCUUAUUGGACUGAGAGAUUACCAGGACACGAAAGCCGAUGUGAUAUUGAAAUAUACACCAGAUGAGGCUCGAAAUCUGAAAACAUACGGAGAACUUCCAGAAUCAGCGAGAAUUAAUGAGAAUGUGGAGGAGGGAGACAUGGACGGCGACAUGAUCACAGUCGAUGAUUAUGACGGAUCAGACGAUGACAUUGAUGACAUAUGA